UCCCUUUUCCAGUUCGAUGACGAGAGAACAUUCGUCGCAUGCAAUGUAAAUGCUGUCAUCCGUGCCCCCGUCGUCGUCGGGCAUGACGUAAACGCCUCCGCAUCGGCAAUCACGAUAAAAUGUCUCACUUUCUGCAUCAAAGUCAAAAUCGCUUUUCCGCAAUGUCUCAUGCACGAUUGGUUUGUCGUCGAAUCUUGCUUGACCGAGUUCAGCGUCGUACUGUUUCCGCUUUUCUGCGUCUCGUAGCACCUUCCAUGCUUCGUCAAUUUCGAUAAAAGUGUCGUUAGAUGCGGAUUGAGCCUUGUCCGGAUGGUGUUUCAGGACGAGAUUUUGGUAGGAACGUUUUAUUUCGUCGUGAGUGGCUGUGGGGGAGACUUGCAAAACAUCGUACAAGUUGCGACCUGCCAUCAUUGGAAACUGGAAGUUGUCAAAUUGCGUAUCUAUAAAAAUAAAAAGAGUCAGAAGCGAGUUUUGAAGAGGAUUUUUGGUUGAAAAUCAUUCGAUUUUGAGAUCAUCGCAGGAAAUCACAAGCACAAUGAGUGAGCAAACGCCGAUGCUAGACACUCUCGCAUUUUACUGCAGUUCCUUAUCGGGCGAUUUAUGGGCUGCUGAAAAUCCAAAGGACAAGGAGACAAUUCUUCAGAAUUAUUUGGAGAAAGUUGAUAAGGAAUUUACGACUGUAGCUGAUUUUAAGCCAGAUCUUGAGUGGUUUAAUGUUUCCGAACCCUUGCCAUUAAAAUCGCUCAAAGGAAAAAUCGUAAUUUUGGAUUUUUUCACGUAUUGCUGCAUCAACUGUUUGCAUAUCUUACCGGACCUGAAGCGCUUGGAGCGUCUUUAUCCCGUUGACAAGGGUGUCGUCAUCAUUGGCGUGCAUUCCGCGAAAUUUGACAAUGAAAAGGUCGACGCGAACAUCCUUUCGGCACUGCAACGUUACGAAAUCACGCAUCCCGUGGUUAAUGACGCCAAUUCUCUACUCUGGGACGACUUGGCUGUUCAAUGUUGGCCCACAAUUUUGAUUCUCGGUCCCAAGGGCAACCCAAUUUUUGUCGUUAUGGGCGAGGGACACUUUGAUAUCCUCAGCAUGUACGUGAAAGCGGCUUUAGAUUUUUAUGCGCCUCGCGGCAUGAUCAGCACAAAACCGUUACCACUGAAUCCAACACGAAGUUUGAUCGCGGCAUCAAAUUUGCAUUUCCCCGGCAAAAUUGUUUGUUCGAAAUAUGACCCGAGUGACCCAACGCCAGAAUUGUAUGCGUUAUCGGACUCGGGUAAUCAUCGCGUUCUCGUCAUGAAUGCCAAAGGUGAAGUUUUAUUCAAAGUCGGAGGUGCCGAUAAGGAAGCUGGAUUCGAAGAUGGCGACUUCCAAACUGCCAAAUUUAAUUCGCCGCAAGGUUUGGCGUUCCUCAAUGAAAAUAUUCUCUUCGUUGCUGACACGGAAAAUCACGCCAUUCGUCGCAUUGACUUGAAAUUGGGCAUUGUCGAGACAAUUGCUGGCACGGGAAAGCAGGGAAACGAUAAAAUUGGCGGAAAAGUCGGAGUUGAGCAAGAAAUUUCGUCGCCAUGGGAUUUGGUUGUGUAUCAAACGAAGGACAUGGACAUGAGUUUUCACAUGGAUGAGGAAAGUGUGCCGGAAAAAUAUGUCGUGCUAAUUGCAAUGGCAGGCACGCAUCAAAUAUGGGCACUUUUCUUGGAAGACACGAUUUGGUGGAAGUACAAAAAGCAAGUUGCGGGCACGUGUGUUUGCAUUGCCGGCAAUGGCGCCGAAGAAAAUCGAAAUAAUUCGUAUCCGCAAAAUGCGGCAUUUGCUCAACCAUCGGGAUUAACGAUAAAUCGCGAGCUGAAGGAAGUUUAUAUUGCCGACAGUGAGAGUUCGUGUGUGCGAAAACUUUGUCUCACGGAUGGAAAAGUCUCUCUAAUCGUCGGAGGAGAUCGAAAUCCUUUGAAUUUAUUCGCUUUUGGUGACGCUGAUGGCAAAUUACAUCUUGCAAAGUUGCAACAUUGCUUGGGUGUCGCUUAUAAUCCGGUGAGAAAAUGCGCUUUUGUCGCUGACAGUUACAACCACAAGGUAAAACGCAUCGAUUUGGAGACAAAUUCCGUCAGUACGUGGAUCAUCACGGACAAGGCGAACAAGCCGCAUCAAUUUAACGAGCCAGCAGGUCUGUGUCUCAGUCCCAAUGGUGAAACGAUGUACGUAGCAGACACCAACAACCACAAUGUCGAAGUUGUGACGCUUAAAACGAUGAAAACAACCACGCUCAAUCUGAAAUUCAAUGUGCCCUCGAAAGAAUUCGACUACGGAAAAAUUCUCAAAUUCGAUAAACUCAAAGUUAGUCACAAUGGCGGCAAAUUACGACUUGCAAUAGCUCUCAACUUCGAACAGGGUGUCAAGCUAACCGAGGGCGCUCCGCAAAAAUUCAUCUGCAAAAUCCCGGGUGACGAAUGGAUCAUCUCGCCCGCACACGGAGACUACAAGCCAAAAAAGAACGUCGAUUUGGACAUCACCGUACCGCGAAAACUCACAGCAUGCUUCCAGUUUUGCAAUUUUUUGGUGAAUUUCAAGUUGAAUUUGUGCAGCGGCGACUUGUGUUUCUUCAAAAAUUUCACGUUGGAUUUUCCGGUUACCUACACGAAUGACGGCUUGGAUUGCAUCAUUCAAGAGGUUUCGGUGAAGGUUGGACAGGAUGUGAAGAUUUAGCAAAAACUCAUGUUGUGCUACGAUCGUAACGGAAAGUUGUUGGCAUGAAAGUUGUUAAAAAAAUUAUGAAAAUGGGGUUUUAUUGUUAACUUUUUUUUUGCUUUUAUCACAUUUUCUUUUCAUUUUAUAGCGCACACUGUAUAAAAACUGCAUUUUCCAGAAAAUUUAAAAAAUUAGCAUUUAAGAACGUCGUUUUUGAAACAUAUAUAAAAAUACAUAUGUUAAAAAAUAUAUAUAAAAAAAAAGUUUAUGGUCUUCUCAAUAAAUAAAUGUU